UCGCUCCCUUCCCACUCCCCCACCCCCCGUGCUCUUGAGUGUUUUUGUGCUUCAAGGACGUGAAUUCUCAAUUUCCAUGGAUAUGGAAAUCAGCUUUUAAAGUCCCUUUAUCCUGCCAUUGUCAUCGGGGAUCAUCUUCUGGCGGAGGCCUUAAUGCAAAACCAUCCCCCACCUUCCCGUUCCUUUCUGGGUAGUUGUGGUGUAGUGGAGUAGGGACUAAACGCUGCCACUUAUGUCACGGGGGAUGAUGAUGAUGAGUGAGCAGCUGCUGGCUGGGGUGUUGCAUGCUAAUAAGGAAGUUUUUCUCUAAGAGAAACUCACCAAGUAGACCAAGCAGAAGAAAAGUAUCGUUUGUUUUAUCCAGGAUGGCUGCUUGCGGAGGCACCACCAAAAAUAGGCUCACAGUAAAUAAGUACGUCUGGGACUUCUUGACCAAGGAAAGUCCAGCCAAGCUGGUCAAACUAAAGGAGGAAAAUAAGGUCAGCAUCUUGAUUGAUGGCGAGACCUCAGAGAUCUACGUGCUGCAGAUCACCAUGCCUGCCCACGGGCCCAGCAAUGCCCUCUACCUGGCCCGCAAAGCCCUGAAGGCCUUGCUUAAGGAGACUGAGAAGGAGCUGAAGAAGGCCCAGCGCCAGAGCGAGCUGAUGGGCUGCAUGGCCUUAAUGGAGAAGAAUAGGGAGCAUGGGGCUGUGGAGCUUCACCGCCGAGGAGCUGCCUUGAUAUCCAGAGGGCAGCAGACCUCCGGGCCAAGAGUGGUCGGUGGCAGUGGAGGGGUGGCUAGCUGCUCGAGGGGAGGGGAGGAGGAACAGGACAGUCAGUGCCCCAUCUGUUUGGGGGAGAUCCAGAACAUUAAGACUCUGGAGAAGUGCAAGCACUCCUUCUGCGAGGACUGCAUCACUCGGGCCUUGCAGGUCAAGAAAGCCUGCCCUAUGUGUGGGCGCUUCUAUGGGCAACUGGUGGGCAACCAACCAGAGAAUGGGCGCAUGCUGGUCUCCAAGGACUCAAGUCUGCUUCUCCCUAGUUAUGAGAAAUAUGGCACCAUCAUCAUCCAGUAUAUCUUCCCACCCGGCAUACAAGGAGUGGAGCAUCCCAAUCCUGGUGUUCGAUACCCAGGCACCACCCGCGUGGCCUACCUACCUGACUGCCCCGAAGGCAACAAGGUACUGGCGUUGUUCCGCAAGGCCUUUGACCAACGCCUCACCUUCACCAUCGGCACCUCCAUGACCACUGGCCGAGCCAAUGUUAUCACCUGGAAUGACAUCCACCACAAAACCAGCUGCACUGGCGGGCCGCAGCUAGAGAGUGGCAUACAUGAUUCUCCGCUCCUCCAUUUGAUCUUCACAACAACCCUGUGGGGUUUGGCUACCCUGAUCCUACAUACCUGGCUCGGGUGCAAGAGGAACUGCGAGCCAAGGGCAUCACCAAUGACUGAUCUUGCUCCCUGCUACUAUGUGACCAGGAAUGGUGUGUUGUUUCUGCCGGGUCCAGCAACUGUGGAGGGAGCUUCCUCAUCUCUCAGAGUAAACUGUCUCACAAUGUGAUCUUGAUCAAGGAUGCAAAGCCCUGGGCAUCCUCACUGAGAUGACCUUUCAAAUGGAACUGCUUGCUUGAAGGAGUGCAGAACAGAGGCAUGUGGAAGUGUGUGUGUGUGUGUGUUAGAAACAUGUAUUUGAAUUGGUUGGGUUAGAAAGUUGAAGCCAAUCUGCACAUUGCACAGAAUGGGUUAGUAGUGUCCUGGACUGUACCACUUCAAAACGGCUUGUGGGGAGGGUGUUACAGUUUUAAAUGAUAACACUAUGUGUGUGGGUUUUAAAACAAAAAAAAAGCCCCCAAAACCCACCUCCCUGCAUGCAGUAACAAGCAUGUCAGGAAGAGAACUAAACUGAACCUCUCCCCCAAUGUGCUAGACCACUACAUUUACUUGUUUAGGAGAAUUUAUAAAUGGCUUAAUAAAAAAAAUUCUCCUAAGCGGUGUGCAUAAAACAGUAUAAAAUAAUUCUCAAUAAUAUACAGAUAAAAUCAGCAGAAAUUAAAAAAAAAAAGUAUACAUAACUAAAUUAUAUGUUCAGAUAGGCUUGCUGCUUUUUAGCAGGCAUCUAAAACAGUACGACGAAGUUGCCUGCCUAAUUUUAAUGCAGGAAGGUUUGUUUGUCUUACAUGGGAGAACAUUCAAAAAUAAGCACCACCACCAGUGCCUGCAGUCUGUAGUGACAGUCCAGAAUUGUACCAUCUCGUCCUGCAUAAUAGUAGUUUCAUUCCUUGGGCCAAAACAGAUGCAGUGAAGGGGGCCAUCAUAUUGCACUUUGUUCCUGUGUUUGGACCAUUCAGAUCUCUGGAGGAUGGUGUGGGUCUGUUUUUUUUUAUUGUUGUCUUGGGUGUGUUUUAUUUUUGUUUUUCACCAAAAGUGUUUCAGACACUUUGCUUUCAGCCAAGGUUGCUUCUGGUAAUCAGAGCCAGGCUGGAAGAGGGACAUUAUGGAGGUAAGCCACAGGUCAGGAUAGAGUGAGUUUUGUUCUGCACUCCUCACCUGGAUGUCCCUUUUGAUAUUAAAAUUAGACUUCCCCAUCCCUGCUUCUAUGAAGUUGGUCCUUGGUAGGUCUGGGAACAGAUAAGAGGGAAACUGCCAGAGUUUGUGGAAGGCAAGCCCACGGACAUGAGUGUGAAUGGAGAAUAGUUUAGUAAGGGAAAGCAGGCAGGGAGCAUAAUGUGUGCCUGUCUGUGUCUGAGAAGAAUUGGUGGCUUACUCAGAGUGUCUGGCAGAGGUCAGAUUUUGAACCCAGGUCUCCCAGGUAUGAGACCAUUUUUAUAUCCACCAGACCACACUGGAUCUCAUGUUCUCAUUAUGGGCAAGCGGGUGUGUGGGUGUGUCAUGAUCUUCCCAUGAGGAUGCCAAAAUCAGGCCCCUCUGCAUCUUCAUUCCACUUUUCUUGCCAGCUAGCUCCCUCGACCCUUUUUGCAGAAUUUUAAACAUUUUGGGAACUGGGGAAUAUUAGAAAUGGAAUAAAAUUAAGCAAAGUACAAUUGUAGAAUUUGUAUCAUUUGGGUGCAGAAUACAUAGCCCCCGAGGUUUGGCUUAAAGUGAGUGGAAAGCAUAAAAUGGAACAGUUGCAUGGAUUUGUUUGGGUAACGGUGAUUGAAUGGGGGUGAGGAGAAAAGGGAGAGGGAGAAGCAUAUGACUGUGUUGGGACCUUUUGAACGCAGCCUCUUACUCUGUUCUCUGCAACUCCUUGCUGGUCACUGAGCAGCCCUGACAUCUGACACCCCAUCCAUCCACUCUCAUGUUGCUAAUCUCCAGGAUCGGCAUUAAUCCCAACUUGGUGGAACUUUCUGAAAGUGUUGGGAACGUCCUUUCAUGUCGACUUGGAAGACGGGCUUCUUGACUCUGGGCAUAGGCAACGUACCCAAUCUGCCCUCUCUGGAGAGGAUGGUUGUCAACCCCAUGGACCACGCACAGUGUUUGUGUGUAUAUAUACACACACACCCCUUCUGUACUGGCAAAUCAGCUAUUGUGUAAUUAUUCCAAUCAAGCCCUGUUUGGGACAACUUGUGUCAUUUGGGACUUAGCCAGGCCUGACAUGUUGGCUGACCUGUACGCUCUGGACUCUGGUACCUACCUUUGUUGAGUGUUCAGGGGAGGGGAGGGAAUAUCUCUCGGCUAACUCUGUAAGCCUGUUGCCUUUGGCAGAGAUGAAUUCUAAGACUGGGUUUGUUUCAUACUGAUGAGAGCUCCCCUCAGAUGCACAGGUCAGACAGGGCUUUCUCUGCUGUUUUAAAAAGAGUUAACUGAAAAUAUGACCUUGUUAUCUUGGUCUUUUUAGAAAAUAUGUGUGGCAGGUA